UGCAGAGUGUCUUUAAACCACUGAGUUCAGCUACCUGUGCACUCACUCGGCUGCAAUCAACAAAGAGCUAAGUGAAGGGAAGAAAGUCAGACAGACAGGGGAAAGCAGAGAGGAGGGGUUAGAUAAGGCAAGAAUGUAAAAAUAGAUGGAUCAAAUGAAAAGACAAAAGUAAAGACUGCUGAAGAAGGCAGUAAAAAAGGAUACACCUUCACAGGAGCCGGUGAGACGGAGAGACAAAGGUAUCUGGCGACAAGGAAAAGAAGGAGAGCACUAACAAGGGAAUAACAACAGAAGAAAGGAGUGACAGAGGCCCAGAGAUAGAAACCACAUCUAAGUGUGCCUGACUGGAGUCCAAUAUUUCACUCCUGCAGGAUCAUUUGUCAAUGUCUACCCGCCCACUGGAUGUUUCAGCCAUGAACAUGAGCUUGACCUUUGCCUUGUUUCUUGUCCUGAGUCUUCACACUUGUACAUCCAUGGGAGGCAGAGCCCAGCGCAGACAGAGGCAAGCUGAGGAGAGCCUGAGACCGUACAUUGGCAGAGUAGAGCCAGAAAAGCUUUGUGAGCUGCUGAAAUGCCACAGUCCUGUGGGAUCUUGGUGUCAGGCAGUUCAGGAAAACGGAGUCCUUGUCCCCAAGUGUGUUUGUCCUGAGUCCUGUCCACGGCAGAGGGCACCAGUGUGCAGUGUUCUGGGAAGGACCUAUGGGAAUGAGUGUUUGCUGCAUAAAGAAGCCUGCAGAAAGAGACGCCGCACUGGACUGGCUCACACAGGACCCUGUCUGGUCCCCAAGGCUAAAUGCACCGAGGAGGAGUUAAGCCAGUUUCCAUAUCGUCUCCUGGACUGGUUUCUGCUCCUGAGUCGUAUGGGGGAGUCCUACGCACCUGCAGCCCCGCCCCAGAGCUGCCUCAGCCACACCCAAAGGACACAACUAGCAAAGCAAAGAUUUGCCAUACUGGACAAGAACAACGAUGGAAAGUUGAGCCGCAGGGACCUGAGGAAGCUGCGUUACAAGAAGAUGCCUCUGGAGCACUGCGCUGCACAGUUCUUUCAGUCAUGUGACCACAACAGGAACAGGAAGGUGACCCUGCGAGAAUGGACAACCUGUCUGGUGGAUCGCUCCGAGGCCUGGUUCUACCAUUUCAUGUCAAUGAGGAUGGGCUCCCGCCAGCUGUGUCCUACUAUCAAAGAGAACUACCUUUGACAUGAAAACAGCUGUGAACUCCUGCGUGUCUUUUGUACUCUAAAGAACUUGCUGAGGACCACAUCACCACAGUCACCCGAUUCUAAAGCUGCACGAUGGCAUCUCUACACACCGCUCACGCAUCUGUUCCACGCCAGCAAUGCAGCUCGUAACAAAGUGAUUUAUAACCUCAUCAGUUCUCAAAGUCUGCUGGUUGUCUGUGCAUUCAU